UUCCAAAGGCUAAGGACAAGACGACGGAGAAGGAGGCCAAGCAGGGAGAGAAGGAGGCCUUGAAUCAGCAUUCCGAUAACCUGUUAGGGUCCGGGUCGACCAAGCAUAGGAAGUCUUCUGCUUCCUACGAAGGAUCUCUCCAUCAACCAACCCUGAGCUGUUGUCCAUCAGCGAACCCAGUGAUUCACCAGUCUCUGCUGUCACCAGACUGGGGUUACAGAUCUGGGGCGAUGCCGGAGUGUGAAGGAGUUUGAGAAGCUGAACCGCAUUGGCGAGGGCACCUAUGGCAUAGUGUGUGAGUGGUCAAGAUGAGAUCGGGCCCGGGACACUCAGACAGAUGAAAUUGUUGCCCUGAAGAAAGUGCGGAUGGACAAGGAGAAAGAUGGUAUUCCCAUCAGCAGCCUGCGGGAGAUCACACUGCUCCUGCGUCUCCGCCAUCCGAACAUCGUGGAACUGAAGGAGGUGGUGGUUGGUAACCACCUGGAGAGCAUCUUCCUGGUGAUGGGUUACUGUGAGCAAGAUUUGGCCAGUCUCCUGGAGAAUAUGCCAACGCCCUUCUCUGAGGCCCAGGUCAAGUGCAUCAUGCUGCAGGUGCUUCGGGGCCUUCAGUACCUGCACAGCAACUUCAUCAUCCACAGGGACCUGAAGGUCUCAAACUUGCUCAUGACGGAUAAAGGCUGUGUGAAGACAGCGGAUUUCGGUCUGGCCCGGGCCUAUGGUGUCCCAGUAAAGCCAAUGACCCCCAAGGUGGUUACGCUGUGGUACCGAGCCCCCGAGCUGCUGCUGGGAACUACCACCCAGACGACCAGCAUCGACAUGUGGGCUGUGGGCUGCAUCCUGGCAGAACUACUGGCUCACAAGCCCCUCCUCCCUGGCACGUCUGAGAUCCACCAGAUUGACUUGAUUGUGCAGCUGCUGGGGACGCCCAGUGAGAACAUCUGGCCGGGCUUCUCCAAGCUUCCCCUGGCUGGCCAGUACAGCUUGAGGAAACAGCCUUACAACAACCUCAAGCACAAGUUCCCGUGGCUCUCAGAGGCUGGACUGCGCCUGCUCAAUUUCCUCUUCAUGUAUGACCCCAAGAAAAGGGCAACAGCAGGGGACUGCCUGGAGAGCUCCUACUUCAAGGAGAAACCCCUACCCUGUGAGCCAGAGCUCAUGCCUACCUUCCCCCACCACCGCAAUAAGAGGGCUGCCCCAGCAGCUGUUGAGGGGCAGAGCAAACGAUGCAAGCCCUGAGGGCAGGCCCAGCACAUUGCUGCACAUCUUCGCGAAUCAUCUAUCAAUAGCGAACUGAGAGGUCCAGCCUGUGCCCUUGGCUCCCCCAGCUGACUCCUGGCUGUUUGCCGUGUGCCAAGAUAUAGACAGGUGAUGCUUGGUAGGAGCUCUAUGUCUGGCCACCUAGGAGGGACUGGGCAGCAUCUUGCCUGUUACUCUUGGUGGGUGGUGAUCUUAUCUGACACUGAGGACCUGCUUCUGGGAAGGAAGUGCUGAAAUGGCCACUGUCUCAACUCACAGUUCCUGCUUGGCCACCCAAGGCUGCUACAGAUAGACUGUAGUGAAUUGGUAGGGCUAGUGGGGCUCUGGGUGGGGAGGAGGAAACUCUGUACAUGGGGGCCAGCCAUGACAGAGUAUUGGAGACUCCCAGAAUGAGAGUCCAUGGUUCAUGCUCAGGAAACAAGUGUUGGCUCCUGUACCAGGGGUGAGGAGAUUAAAAAGUCUUCCUAACA